AUGGCCGCAAACGGCAGCGAGGCGGGUGAAGUCGCGGCCACUGCUGCCGAUGACAGCAAGCCGCCAGCUGCGCCAAUGCCUACACCCAUCGAUCUUCAUCCUCCUCCCCCACCGCCUUCACCGCGUCAUCGAACACUCGACCUUCAAGAGCCCGUUGGGGGCAUACAGCCACCGCAGACGCACGGUCAAGACGUGGAAGCGCAAUCAGAGUCUGCCAUCGACGACUCGAGCGAUGCAGACGUUAAUGUCGAGAACCCUCGCCCGCCUGGACAAGAUGAUGAAGCUACCUCGUCCCUCCUCGUCCAUCUGGGCAAGCUCAUGUCCGAGUCAGAGACGGAUGGCGACGACGAGCCGGCGAACAACUCGACGACGCCAUUCUCCGUCGUGGAUAUACCACCAGCGCCCAUGCCAGGCGAUGCCAAUCCACUCGAAAGCUUCGACAACUCAGAGGGACCGAUCGCACCACCGCCUCCCGCCGAGGCAGACGUCAAUGCGCCCGCUCCUACCGACAUUGCAGGCGAUCAAGAGAUGGGCAUGAUCAGCCCAUUGGCUCGAGCAGAUGCGCAACAGCCUCUGCAGCAUCAACAGCAGCCCUCCUCCCCGCAUUCCGCACCAUCCCCGCCGCAAGGUCAGCUAUUCCAACAACCUCAGGCCCCACCCCAGCAGCAGCAGCAGCAGCAGCAGCAGCCUGGCGGGAAUGUAGAGCCAACAUCGAUUGCAGACCAGAUACGCAACAUGGUCGGCGGUAUCGGCAUGAGCGGAAUGAAUGGCGUUCGAUCAAAAGCAAAGCAGUACGGCUUCCCAGCUCAUGCAGACGCCGACACGCUGCCGAGGGAGAUUGAUGAGUUCUACUCGUACGUCGAGGCGCCUCAGGUUGUCGAGAAUCGCUUGGCGUGGGAGGAGUGGGCGGGAAAGGAGGCAGAAACUUCGGCAGAGGCCUCGACGUCGACGUCCAAUCCAUCGACGACGUGGACCUCCUUGCCCACAUCGAUCCGACAGUCACACACGCGCAAGCUCCUCUCUCAGCUCUCCAGCAAGGACCCAGACCUGCGGCUCACUGCCUCGCGCGCUUUCCUCUACAUCUUACAGGGCAGCUAUGCUGAUACUCAUGGGCCAGAGCAUCAGAUUCACUGGAUCAUCCUGAGCACAAAGAUGGCUCGGCGCGAAGGGGCCAUUGCCAAGGUGUACGAGGCACUCAAGCGCGCCAUGUGGAAGCACGACUUCCUUAGCUCGCUGCCCGAUCAUGUGCCCGCUUCGACCGAGGAGGGUCCGCUCCUUACGCCGCAGAGCAAGGCGGAGUACAUGGAAGAGGUCAAUCUUGAGCUCACGUUGAGCUUUGCACAGCUUUACCUCCUCAUUGAGACGGGGAGGCGAGACGACGAGGAGGGGGCAGACGCGAUUGAGGGCGGCGAUCACGGGCGCGUUCCAGAGGACCUCAUGGCGCUCGACCCGCCACUGCCCACCUUUCUCUUCACCGUCCUCGCCGCUCUGCGCGAGAAGAAUGCCAAGGGCUUUCCCGUCAAGAAGCUGCUUCUCUGCCUGUGGAAGAGUCUCCUCGCCUGUCUUGGCGGGCAGAAGGAUGUGAGGAGGUGCAAGGCCCUAGCUCGCAAGGUGGAAGGUUUGCCCGUCAAUCCGACGAACGAUCUGCCCGCCAACACCCUCUGGCCACCGCAGCCUCUCCCUACCACGCAACCGACGGCUCCACAGAUGCAGCCCUCUGCCUCAGCGUCAACAUCGGGGCGCCUCACCCUUGGCCAACCACGCAAGCGUCGGCCUACCAAGACGACGCCGCAGGACUUUGAGACGUUCCGCGAGGAGCUGGCCGUCAAAUAUCCGACUUACACGCCACCACGUCGCGGGCCCGCCGAUCUUCCCAUCGAGAAGCUCGCAACGGCCGUCGACCCCCUCCCUCCUCGACGUCUCGCCAUCCGUCCCUCCCAAGACGGCGGUGGCGGCGGCGCGGGCGGCGCAGGCGAAGGGGAGGAUGGGCAGAUUGGUACCCCCGCCCCUACACCUCCCCCCUCUCCUCGCCCUAACAAGCAGAAAUACCAGACCGACCAAACGCGCCCGUUUGUGUUCCCGUAUUCGGUGAGCGUGCAGGGCAGCCGCGUCGUGCCGUACAGUAUUGAGGAGGCGGACAGGUUGUACAAGGACAACAUGCAUGUGAGCACGGAGCUUUGGCAGAUGUGGCGUACCAAGGAGGAGAUGGAGCGCGAGGAGCGAGGGUUGCGACGACGCGGCGAUGGGAGGGGAGAGGAUGCGGCGAGUACCAGCGCGGGGCGUGCAACGCAUACGGCUCCUCCAUCGCUGCAUGGCGGGGACAGCGUGGGACCAACGAGGUCGAAUAGCCACGACUCGCGAGGAUGGGCAGGACUGCGCGCUCUGUCGAAGCUGAACGGCGGUGAACGGGCCCCACCACACCACCUUGCCUUCUCCUCUACUGCCUCCGACCCCGGUCGACCCCCCGCGACCAACGCGGCAGCCCCGCAGUCUGGCACGCCCGCCUUUACCCCCGGCGGCUCCCCACGCACCAGCAUCGCCCCCGACGAGCAUGCUGACCCCGUAGAUCCGGACAACUCCUUCCUUACGCGCGGCGAGCCCACGUACGAUCGACUGCUCGACGUCGAGGCCGAGAUCCGCUCUACGCUCGAACGCGCAGAGGGGGACCACCUCAUGGCCGUACUGGACAAUGAGCGCUACUCGUCGAAUGUGGCCACGCUUCACCAGCAGCUCGCCGACGUUCGCCGGCUGCAACGCGUGGACACCAUCUACCGCGGCGUUCUCCCCAGCAUGCAGAGCGCCGUCAUCGUCUUGUUGAAGCUCCUCCUCGCAACCGUGACGGCGCAAAAUGCUUCGCCGCAUGAGGGGGGGCUAGGCGGGCCCAGCGGGAUGGAGGAUGCUCCCCCACCCACUGUAGAGGACAUCGAUAUCCUCCGCCAUCGCGAGAUCACCACAAAGGCCAUCAGUGCCAUCCUUCUCCUCUCGCUCAAGUGGUUCAAAGCCAGCCAUGCGCUCAAGUUCCACCACCUCAACCAGUUCCUCGUCGACUCAAAUUGCAUGCUCUUGGUGCUCAAGAUGUUUGGCCUACAGGAGGUGGCGAACAGCGUCAGGGCCAUCAAUGAGGUUGGGAGCUUUAAUUUCCUAGCCUACUGUGCGAGGGAGGCGGGCGUGACGGAUGGGCAGGAGGGGGAGCGCGACGGAGAUGAGGACGAUGCGGCCUCGUCGGAGGAUGGCGAGAUGAUCAACGAUUACUCGUUUCGGAACUUCUUUUCGGUCCUCAACUUCACCCGCAUUCUGCAGAAGCUCACAAAACGCCGCGUGCAUCGCAUCCUGCUCCUGACGCAGUACAAGUCCUCGGCGAUCCUCAAGCGUCUACUGAAAGUACAGCAUCCGACUCUCCAGCUCUACAUUCUCAAAAUCAUCAAGUCUCAAGUCCCCUUCUGCGGCCGCAAGUGGCGGCAGAGCAACAUGAAGGUCAUCACGGGCAUCUACCUCAACUGCCGGCCGGACCUUCGCGACGAAUGGCUCAGCAGCGAUGUAGAGGGGGUGGUGAUGGAGAGCCUGCCGCAAGAGCAAGCGUUGCGCGCCUUGGUCAAGUACUACGUGGCCAGCCGCUUCGACGACGGGAGCGCUGCGGGGGGAGACGAGGCGGCGAGCACGGGCGCUCCCACGCAGCAGCAGCAGGACGGGAGCAGAGUGGGCCGACCGGGGGCGCAUGGUCAGGCCAAGUCCCUUGGCGGUACGGCGGCCGAGAUGGGCGAGAUCGACUUCAACGAUGCGGGAGCGGGCGGCGUGGCUGCAGGCGAAGGUAGUGGGCAAGCACAGCAGCAGCAGGAAGGCCCAUCGGCCUCGUCGUACGAUUUCUUCGAGUCCGAAUUCCUCCUCCCACCGCUACGCCGCAAUCCCGCCUCGAGGUCGGUGCACAAUGGACCGGGCGCAGCGGCGUACAUUCCCGACGAUGUAGUCGAGGGGUACCUGGGCGAGUACGAGGAGAUCUUGGGCGAGGUCUUUGGCACGAGCGUGCAGCAGCGCGGCGAUGUGAGCGAGACGAUGAUGCCGACCUCGUCGACGGCCGCCACAGCCACCGCCUUACCCGUCCCGGCCUCUUCGCCGAGGCAGAGCCCUACAAUGGCGGCACAACGGGCUACGGGCGAGGGCGGGAUCAGCCCCAGCGCCUCUCAUGUGCAAGCUAGCGCGUCGUCAUCCACGCAAGACUCGGCGCUUACGGGCACGGCGUCCGGCUGGUCGUCGGGCAAGUGGGGUCUAACGCAGACGGGCGCUCAGACGGCUUGGAAUGCUCUUGGCGAGAUCUUGGGCCCGAGCGCGGGCGGACCAGAGGGCCAACGGGGUCCGGGGUCAGUAGCGUCCAACUCGGACUCGGAUUCGGAGAGCAUAGCGAGUAUCGGUGAGCUCGACUUCACGCGGCCUAACAACGAGCGCGGCGUAGGGGAUGACGCUGCCGGUGGUGGGGCGGGGAAUGGCAACGGUGCGCAAGGUACAGAGGGCAAGAGUGACUGGGAGCAUCUCUCUCCCAAGGAGAUGCGUUUCCUCGCCUCUCAACCGCGCCCUCCCACGCCCGGCUCCCCGACCACAUCUGGCCCAGGUGGCGGUUCCAGCGGGCGUAGGCGUCGACGCUCCUCUGCUGCGGCGGCGGCGGAGCGUGAACGACAGAUUGCGCUGCAGAGGGAGGCAGAGCUUGCCAAGGUUAUGCCGGGGAUGCCGAGACGGACAUCCAGCGAGCAGCUGAGGCCCGUGAUGGGAUUUGAGGAUGACGAUGAUCUGGUGGCGGGGGAGGAGGUGGAGGAGGAGGAGGAGGACGAAGAGGAGGAACAGCCUCUGCCGCCUCCGCAGGCUGGGGGAAUCGAUGAGGUUGAGCAUGUAUUUGGGCAAUAA